AUGGCAGCGAAGAGGCAGCAACCUUUCUGGUACGGGGGUGCGGCAAGCAUGGUGGCUUCCAUGGUGACCCAUCCGCUGGAUUUGGCCAAGGCCCAGAUGCAGGCCGCUUCGAAGCCCGGGGCCACGAUGAUAGGCACGCUGGUGCACACUGCGCGGACCAAUGGGCUGUUGGCCGUGUACGACGGGCUCAGUGCGGCGCUGCUGCGGCAGGCGACCUACUCCACCGCCCGCCUGGGUGUCUACGAAUACUUAAAGACCAAGGCCACGGGCCCGUCUGGGGAAAUUCCGCCCGUGUAUGUGCUGCUGCCUAUUUCCAUGUUCAGUGGCCUAGUGGGCUCCAUUGUAGGCAACCCGGCCGAUGUGAUUAACGUCCGCAUGCAGAAUGACAGACGCUUACCGCACGCUGAUCGUCGGAAUUAUAAGCAUGCGCUGGACGGCAUCUACCGAAUAAUCAAGACCGAGGGCGUUGGUGCGCUCUCCCGCGGCAUUGGUCCCAACUCCAUCCGCGGCAUCCUUAUGACGGCCAGCCAGGUGGUCAGCUACGACACCGGCAAGACGUUCCUGGUGCACCGCUGCCAUAUGGACCCGCACGCCCAAACGACGUUUUUCGCAGCGUCGAUCUGGGCCGGGUUUAUUGCCACAACCGUGUGCUCGCCGGUCGACGUCAUCAAGACCCGAGCCAUGAACUCCACCGCCAAAAUCUCGCCUUUGCAGGUCAUGCGGGAAUCCGUCGCCCGAGAGGGCAUUCAGUUCCUGUUCAGAGGGUGGACUCCGGCGUUCAUUCGACUCGCCCCGCAGACAAUCGUGACAUUCGUUGUUCUUGAACAGCUAAAAAAAUGGGGCGGCUUUAGUUAG